AUGAGAAAGUCAGGCUGGAAGAAGUUAAGGCUCUGCGUGAUGAGAAUUUGCCAUGAGAGGACCAGAAGCAUUUACAGAAGAUGCAUAGCUGAAGAGGAUGUACAAGGAGUUCUAGAGCAUUGCCAUGGGUCUGCUUAUGGAGGUCACUUUGCCACAUUCAAAACAGCAACUAAGGUUUUGCAAUCUGGGUUAUGGUGGCCUACUUUGUUCAAGGAUGCAGCAAGCUUCAUUGCCAAGUGUGAUCCAUGCCAAAGGAAAGGAGGGAUCACCAAGAGAGAUGAAAUGCCACUAAACCCAAUUCUGAGGUUGAGAUCUUUGAUCCAUUCCCCUGCCCAGCCUGUGAUGCCAAGGUUGUUAUCAAACUUUUCAGAACCAUCAUCUUUCCAAGAUACGGCAUCCCAAGGGUUGUUAUCGGAUGGAGGUUCCCAUUUCAUCAACAAGGUGUUUGAAAAGUUGAUGAAGAACUAUGGAGUCAAGCACAAGGUUGCCACGCCCUACCAUCCUCAAACCAGUGGGCAAGUUGAAGUCUCCAACAGACAGAUUAAGGCUAUAUUGGAGAAGACUGUGAGCUUCACUAGGAAAGGAUUGGUCAACAAGGCUUGA